GUUUCUUCUCAAAGUUCAAGCCACUCAUGAUUAUCCACCUGUUCUGUGGUGUAUAAAUCAGUACACCAGUGUCAUUUCUGAAUUCCUACACAAAGCUGGCUUUCCUCAGGAUCUGUAAAUGAAAGGUCACAGCCCCAAGUAUCAGAUGAUGUGGGUAAUACCCAGCAUAGCAAAAAUAUCAGUAUUUGAAGCCUAAACCAGAAAGGAGCUUCCAUGACCAGUAAGUUGCUUUCACUGGUUUGUACAACAGGAUAAUCAGUAUAUGUUGUCUUCAGUAGUGGUGGAGGAGGAGGAGGUGCUUUCCCACAUCACAGGAAAAUGGAUGAGUCCUUUUGCCCUCAGAGCAGCUUUGAAAAGAGCUGGAGUGAACAUUUUCCCAGCAGAGUACUCUCCCAAGUAUGUCCCUGUGCCCAGGAAGGCUGCCCUGGCAGAAGUGAAGGCCUAUGAACAGAUGGCUCUGCUUGCAGCUGCUUUUGCUUUUGCUCACAGCAAGUGGAAUAGAGAAGCAGGGCCAGAGCAAGUCAUGUUCAAGGUGAGCGAAUAUCUCACAGCAGGUUCUGCCAAAGACAACGACUGGGUUUUUAUGUUCAGUGGUGAAAAAGUACAAAACCUCAAGCUCACUGAAUCCAGUGAGGCUUUUUCAGAAGAGCUGGAAGAAGAGUCUGAAUUUCACUCCACACUCUACCAUAUGCUCAAGGAUUCUGACAGCAAUGAAGCCAUGGAUAAAGUGGAAAGAGCUGGCUUCCUGUUUAUUGAUUCUCUGUAUCAGCUGCUCCUUGCUACCAGAGUCUUAGCAUACUCUUAGAUACUGCAUGCUUUCCUUCAAAAUUUUAUUAUCAAAGGCUUUCAAUAAAGUUAUAUUUCAAGUCUUAAAUCCUUUUCUAUUCAAAUCAUUGAAACAGGUUCUAAAAUGCAAACAUUUUAUCUUUAUUCAAGCAAAAUAAAUUCUUUAUUCAAUUGUGCCUAGACCACCUAGACAUGUUUAUUGUUAGCUACGUUCAAAAUUGCUAUUCUAUAGUAAACCUCAACAGAACUGAGACCCUUUUAGCUAUUUUUAAAGAUGACUUUUGUCAGAAUGGGAAAAAGAUUUUUUUUCAUUUCAAGUCAUGCUUUAAAGAAAAAAACUUAAUUUCCCCCAAAAAAUAGCCACAACCCAACAAAACAAAUCC